GUUAGAUCGCCGCCACACGGGUCAAUGACACAGCACCACAACCACAAAUGCCGGGGUCAACCCUCGGCUCCUCAAGUCAUUCACAGGCAAUGGCACAGACGUCUCGAUCUCUGAGGUCGCUUCCUCAAGAUGCUUUGAUGUUAGUCACUGGUGCAAAUGGCUACAUCGGCUCCACCGUCAUCAACCUGCUUCUGGCUGAGGGAUAUCGAGUGCGCGGGACCGUCCGGAGCGAGAAACCAUGGCUAGAUCGGUUGUUUCACGACAAGUACGGAUCGACGAGGUAUGAGACUGUCGUGAUCCCUAACCUUGCAGCACCGGGCGAGCUAGAGAAAGCACUUGAAGGGGUCUGGGGAGUGGUGCAUGUGGCGUCCGAUCUCACUCUCGACCCAGACAGGGAGAGGGUCAUCAAUGGAACUAUCGCGCACACGACGGCAAUACUCCAGGCGGCAAACAACGCCUCAACCGUGCAAAGCUUCGUGUUGACAUCUUCAUCCACAGCUUGUCUGAUUCCUGUCCCCAAUAAGGAAGGCAUUGUCAUUGAUGAAGACACGUGGAAUGAGGCUGCUAUCGCAGCCGCCUGGGAUCCAAACACCUCCAACGAAGAUCUGCCUUACAACAUCUAUGCCGCUUCCAAGACUGAAGGCGAAAAGGCACUAUGGAAAUUCGUCAAAGAAACCAACCCUAGAUUCGCGGUGAAUACUGUUCUUCCAGCCGCAAAUUACGGAACAAUCCUCGCUCCGGAGAUUACCGGAAGCACCAUGGGCUGGGUGCGUCAAUUGUUAUUUGGAAACGCUGAGGUCUUUACCAAUACUCCUCCACAAUGGUUCGUCAAUGUCGAAGAUUGCGCACGACUACAUGUGGCGGCUCUUCUCGACAGAGAAGUCAAUCAUCAAAGGAUCUUUGCCUUUGCUGAGACUGUAAACUGGACGCAAGCAGUCAGCAUCUUGCGUGAGCUUCGUCCUGAUAAUACCAAUAUCCCAAACCCUCCUCCCAAUGAAGGCAAGGACUUGUCUGUUAUCAUACCUCGCGACAAGGCUGAGGCUUUACUUCGGCGUUUCUGGGGUGUGGAGGGAUUCAAAAAUCUCAAGGAGAGUAUUUCGGAUGGGAUAGAGGACCUUUGAACGAGAUAUGUCUUUUGAUAUUUUGCAGGAACGAGUGUCUAUGAAGGAGAGGCACUGUAAGAAUGAUCUCCGAAGUCUGAUUGGUAUCUCCUUCUUCUUCACCUCUGUUUGGAAAUUCUAUAUCACUAGCACAGCCUUCUCUCCGUGAUGAUAAACGUCAAAC